GUAUCCAAGAUGGCGUCGACUAUUGAAUAUUUUUGGCAGUUUGUAAUGUGUUUGUGAAGUGAUAUAAAAAUAAGUUCAUGUGUGUUUAUUAAAACACGGAUUUAAUUGGUGUUAAAAACAAGCUGUUAACAUGUUAAGACGCCGUUGUUUAUUCUUUUUUUAUUUGCAACAUCUGUUCAGUAUCUUAUAAUAAGUUGAAAGUAGGGACUGGUUGUUCUUGUUUUAUUUGACUCUGUUUGUGUAAAGAAUGUGUAGUACGUUAAUUGAUUAAUUAAUGAGCUGGAUAGUGGAAAAUACCGAAAAUACAUUUAAGUCGAAUGAUAAGUGUUUUAUACAUUACUGAGUAGCUACAACUGAUUCUUAGCCAAAUGGGUAAUUGUGUAUCCUGUGUUAAAAAGCGGAAAGAGCCUAAAAGAAAGGUUACCUUGGCUGUUCUGGGGUUGGACAGUGCUGGCAAGACCACAACUGCUAAAGCAUUACUUGGAGAGUCCCUGGAGACAGCACCCACGGUUGGCUUCAACAAAGAGCAAAUUACAUUUGCCAACUAUGAGAUGACCUUGUAUGACCUUGGUGGAGGUCGCAGGAUCCGUGACAUCUGGAAGGACUACCUAAGCGAAAUAUAUGGUGUAAUCUAUGUUGUGGACUCUGCAUCCCCGGAUCGAUUCCCAGAGGUGAAGGAAUCACUGGAAAACCUGCUGUCCAAUGAAAAAGUGGCCGGAAAACCUUUGCUUGUGUUGUCCAACAAGGAGGACCUGGUAGAACAUGUUGAUGAGUGUGAGAUCAUGGAGAAACUCAACCUUGAGGCCCUCGUCAACACCAACAAGUGUGUCUGCAAAAUGGUAGGAACCGCUCAUCAGUAUACUCACAAGUGUGUCUGCAAAAUGGAGAUGUGCUCAGCCAUCCAAGGCAGCGGUCGUAAGAUGGACCCUCGUAUCAAAGUGGGCAUGAAGUGGCUGUGUGCGAUACUGGACCAGAUGUACGACAAGCUGGAUAUGCGGGUGAAAGCCGACAUGGAGGUGAUGGACGCCAAACGACAGCGGGAGAAGGAGGAGAGACGGGAACGUGUACGCAUACAGAGGGAGGAACGGGCAAAGCAGGAAGAAGAGGAGAGGCAGAGACUGGGCAUAGUGAAAGUGGAGGAAGUAGAGGAAGACGACAUUGUCACUGCAGGGGACCCCUUCCGUAGACUGGACUCAGAGGAAAUCAAGAGGAAGGAAGAAGAAUAUAAAGCAAACAAGGCCAAAGAAAAGGAAAGACAACGAAAAUUAAAAGAGCUUGAACAAAUGGAAAAUGAAAACAAAACUACCCGAAACUUUAACAAUAACAUUAAUAAAACAUCUAAAGAUGUUGGUGAAAAACAUGGUGAUACACAAAUAAUAGAAAACGACGACAGCGAAUUGCGACCCCCAAGAUCGUCAAGAAGCCUUUUAAGUCUAGGCUGGUUGGGUGAUGGAUCAAACAAUACUAAAACCUCAAAUGGGCAGAAUCGUCAAAUGUUACCUCCCCUUGAAAGCCCCAAGUCAGCCGCCCUGGCAGAGAAAAAACGCAACAAGAAACUGAAAAAUAAAGUUGGUGCCAAUAUUAUAAAUCAGGAUCAGGAUUCAAGUACCUAUGCAACCAAUGGCAAUUUUGUUGCCUCGGCUUCCACCAUACAAGUAGUGUCAGUGAAUGGCGACAACGAUGAUGAUAGUGAUAACCUUGUUAAGAUUUCAGGUCGACCUGACCCUUUCAGAAACAGUAAAGGACUUUACAAGCAGGAAGAUAAAAGCCCCAGGGACAGUGAGAGUAGUGUGAAGAAGAACAGACGAAAGCAGAAAGCAGACAACGAUGAUGAUUUUGACACUCUGAGGCUUAGCCAGCACUUUGAUGGGAGCCAUGGUGACCGGUUCAGGAAUAUAUCACCAUCAUUUAAACCACAACUUGUCAAUGGUGUCGUUGAUGAGGAACGCUCAGAAACUCCCGUACGAAAACUCAAGAAGAAAAAGAAGCAUUUACGUAAGAAUAAGCUUGCACCGUCAGAUGAUGAAUACGAACUUUCUGAUGUGCAGACAACACCUAAAAAACAUUCUAUAGAUUGGAGCGGAACGAACAGUCCAAUUGGUGUCAAUGGUGUUUCUCAUACAAACUGGGGUCUGGCUGAGGAUUUGUCUGGUGACGAGAUAGCGCCUGUGAAUCGAUCAAGACCAAACUUUGAUUCCGAAGAAGAGCCUGACUUGUGAAGAAUAAACCCUGUUCCUAAGAAAAUAACACCAUCGCUGGUUAAAUAUUGGUUAAGCCAUUAAUGAAACAGAAUGUUGAUUAUAAUAUAUGCCAUCUUUUAUCAUGAUUGGAAUACAUUUUUGUAUUAAAAGCAAUGGGACCUUAGUUCAGAAGCAUCUUAAGUUUAUCAUUAUUUCUGAUUUUUUUAUUGCAUUUAAGCUAACAUAAAUACUAGUAUAUGGAUCUGUUGAUUUUACUUAAAAUAUUUCUGUAAUUUAGUUCCAGAACUGGUUGUGGUGGUGGAUGGCUGAGGGGUACUGUUGUGUUAUGAAAAAUGGCAUAAACAUGUCUUUUGCAUUUGUAAGAGUUAAGUACAAAAUAUAUAUUGUAAGUUUGUGUAUGUCCAUUUAAAAAAAACGAUUUUGUGUUAUGAGUAGACCUGUUGUGACCUGUUGUGAGCGGGCAAUAAGGCAGGCGGCUUGAAACUUGGUAAUAAUGUUAAAAGGAAUAAUAUAUUGGCAUAGUUAAAUCACCAGCCUGAUCCCAUGAAGCUGUUAAGAAUUAUGGCCCUUGAACUAUCUCAAAUUUUCAAAAUAAAUGUUGUUUUGCUCUGUAAUAGGUGUUGUCCUGUUAAUAACUUAAGUUUGCAUUAAUAUAUAUAUUUAGAUAUAUGACCGAAAUAAGUUUCAGUUUGUGGAAACUCAAAAUUUUCGGACACACUUGUUUUUGUCCAUAAUAAAUUACUAUUACUUUUCUAAGCUAUAAACCAACAGACAAACUUGAGAUUUGAGAAUUAUUUAAAUUAAAAUAAUAUAUUGAAAGUUAAAGAUCUGGCUGUAAUGACAAGGCAAUAUUUUUUAUUGUCUUCUUUAUUUUCUGCUCCAUCAUUUGUGCAUUAAAUUAAUACAUUGUUCACUGAAAAAUGUAACAAAGACAAUUAAAUUGGCCUGUAUUGUGACAAGUCAGUUUUCAUGUUUUCUACAUGUCUCAAAUAUAUUUCUUCACAAAAAGGUACUGUUAUUUGCUGUUGAUGCCUUAAUUUCAAUCAUAAAUAUUAAUGUCACAUUCUUUGAGUAAUGUGUAAUUAUUAAAUCAUGAAAAUUAUUUGGAUAUAAUUAAUUGAGCCGCGCUCUGUGAAAAUGGGGUGUAAUGCACGUGCAUAAAGUCUGAUCCCAGAUUAGCCUGUGCAGGGGCGACACUGUUUGCCUAAACUGGAUUUUUGCUUAGAAGAGAUUUUUUUCAAGAAAAAUAUCAUUAAAGCUGAAAGUGUUGUCCCUGAUAAGCCUGUGCUGCAAACUGCACAGGCUUAUCAGGGACAACGCUUUCACACAUGCAUUAAACCCCUUUUUCACAGAGCACCGCCCAAUUUUUUAUUCAUGCAAAUGAUGUUAAAUAACAAUGUGCAGUGUAUGACUGUUAACUUGUUGAAUAUCAUACUUAUGUCAGUGCAUGUGUAUUAUGCAUAUAAAGUCAUGACUGUCAGUUUCUGCAUUUUAGCUUUUUAGUGUUUUACAUAAAACAUAAUUGACAUUACUUCUCUGUGAUAAAUUUAGAUCUCAAGGCUCAACUUCUAUAUUAUUGAUUCAUUUCUUGUUAUCUUUGUGGUGUAAGUAAGUCUAGAAUGGGCUGUCUGUUAUUCGUAUAAAAUAAUCAAAAGAUAACACGUAAAUGUGUACAUAGGAGAAAACACUUGUGUUUAUAAUGCAGAAGUAUUUUGAUAGUUUUUCAUGUGCAUUGUUAUAUAAUCAAAAAUGGUUUAAUUGAAUGCACAGCUAUAUACAGUACGAUUUGUUAUUAAACGUUUAAAUUUACAUGAUUUAUUGGCAUUCUAAUUUCACAAGUAAUGGAGAAACUUGUUAUUUCCGGUAUUUUGAUUUGCACGUUUGAUUUGGAUGAAUAAGUUAUUGAUUUGCCUUUAACUGUCUACCAUUGUUUGAAAUUGCCAUGACAAAUAUUUAGAUCAUAUGUGCUGGUUUUGGUCAAUGCAUGAUUUUCAUUUACAAGAGGUCAGAAAAAUUAAUAUAUUUGUUUUCGAUGAUAAUACUAUAAUAAGCGUAUAGGAAAUUGAUAAGGCCCCCUCUUGAUACUCAAAAGUUAGAUUUCAGCCCUGUUCAUUGUUUGACCUGUAAUACCAGGUAGUCAUUGAAAAGAAUUGGUUAUAUCAUUCCUCCUCCACAUAUGUAGAAAUAAAGUUAUUGGGGGAAGUGUAUGUAGACAAUAUUCUUUAUUAAGUUGAUUGCAAGCGUAGUAUCCAUAUUCAAUUCAUUUUGUGUUUAAUACAUUUUAUAGACCAUAUGUGCAUUUUAAAUAGUUUUUUCACACACCAUAUCAGUUUGAAAGCAAAGGUCUUGAAAUAGCAAGAUAAUGCUAAGUAGUUAUAAUUGGGAUUCUUACGUUUAUUUAUGUUACGUUUGUCCUCUUUGUAAUUAUUUCCCAAAUUCAUACGCAUCAUGAUAUUGUUUUAUCAUUUUAGUAGUUAUGAAAAGAACAAAUUGUUGGUUGUAUUCUACAAAUAAACAGACAUUAAGAAAUAGUAUCCACAACAGAGCUGUGUUUGCGGACAUGAUAAUGCCAACGCUAGUUACCAAAUAGCAGUUUAUAUCUUGAAGGUGAAAGACUUAUGUAUGGGAACUCCUUUGAGUAAAUACCAUAUCAACCCAUGCUAACCUGUCAAUUAUUUCUAAAUACUGGUUCGUAUUGUUCAUAGAGACAUGAAAUAAUACUAAUGUUACUUGUUUGUAGAUAUUUUAAUGAAUUAGAAUGCACAAUACACAGUUAAUUGUCUUUUAUAGAUACACAAUGAGGAUAUGAUAUGUCUCAUUCAUUUCAUGGUUUUAUUAUGAGUUUAAUGACUACUGUUGUGUUUUUUCAUAUACAUUUCUAUUUUGAUUUGAUCUGUUACUAAUGAUUAAUCUUCUUUUAACAUAUGCCUUUGCUUCUGAUUUUUUAAAUGUAUUAAUUUAUUUUACUGUCAUAUUAUUUCAAUGAUGUAUCAUUGUACUGUGACAGUGAUAAAUAUAUGUGCGGGUUUGAUCUUUUAUUAUUUUAUUUAUUAAAAACAAUAUUGUGCUGUC